AUGGAACAUGACACAUCUAGCGGGUCUCAAAGCGACACAUUUAAGGAUGAAGGAUCAAUAGGAGAAGAUGCUAAACUUCCACCAUCGCAUGAAGAAAACCAGAAAGAAAUUGCUCCUGAAAUUUCAGAUGAACAACAAAAUUCAGAAGAACAUAGAAUUAAACGAGUAGCGGGAACUUCAGAAGCAAAAGAUGCCAAAGACGACAUGAACAAGAGCGAUCUUCCGGUAGAGGAGAGAAAUUAUGCUGACGCCUGGAAUCUUAGUCUUGAGCAUGCCAAUGCAACUUACCAAUCAUCAACUUCUUUCACGUCGUCCAUGAUGGACAGUGAGCGAAGCAAUCAAGAUCGAAAAAGCAGCGUUUCGGAACGAUUACAUCAGCAGUUGCAACGGCAGUCAUUAUUAGACGAAUCGAAACAGAACCAAUUGUUGGCAUCCGAUGGGGAACGAAUCGCCAACAGCAUUAUUGCCGAAAAGGAAGAAAUGGCAGGAUUGCACCAGAGUCCAUCACAGGAAGACUCCCAGCCGCAAAACGCCAAAGAAGGAGAGUCAGAAGCAUUGGACCUCGAGCAACCUAGUGCAUUACCUUUGGCUGGUCCGACGGUUUCCUCCUCGGCUUCCACAAAAGCACCUGCGCCUCCGGUUUUGAACCGGCUCAACCAUUUGCGGCCGUCGACACCGGGAGCUGUGGCCAUGGUGGGCCAGCAGACCCAAGCCAAUGUGCCAGAAGAUGAUCGAACCAUCCAAGUUGGGAUUGACGAUGACCAGCCGCAGGAAAAGGAAGCACACUCGCCGUUGGUGGAUGCUGUACUAGUACCGGACCACGACGAUGCAAUGGAAGCACCGACGUCACCACAAUCCGUGGCGGCGACUACCGCUGUACCGAUGGACGAAAGUGACUUGCCACGAUGGGACUUUUCAAGUCGCCGAGUGAAAGGUAUCAUUUGCGUGCUCGUCGUCAUUAUUGUCGUUCUUGCAGCUGGAUUGAGCUUGCUGUUUUUGCAGAAUAAUGAUGACGAUGUUCCAAUUGAAACUGACUCUCCCACUACAACAGCAACCAUCUCACUAGUUCCGACUGCUUCCCCAACCUCUCGAAUGGCCGCGUUGCAAGCACUGCUUUCCCAGUACGUCGAUGAUGUGACCCCAUGGGAGAAUACCGAGUCGACGCAGCACCGAGCACUGGACUGGUUGGCCAAUGAGGAUACAUGGAGGACAGCAUUUCCCGAAAGUCCAGAUGCGGACCAAAUCAUGGUCGAACGCUACGCCAUGUCAGUCCUCUACUUUUCGUUAGGUGGACCAAACUGGAAUGAAUCUGAAUCUUUUGUCGACCUGGACCGUCGUGUUUGUGAUUGGCAAGUGGAAGACUGCGAUUCCAUUGGACAGUGUGAAAUCUAUGGAGUACUUUGCAGUGGAGGACAAUUGGUGUCUGGUCUAAUCCUGGAUGAAGUAGAAGCUAUAGGAACAAUUCCGUCCGAGAUAGGCUUGCUUUCAUCCUUGUCGAGUUUUUUGGUAGAAAACAAUGCAAUCACUGGGACGUUGCCAGGUGAACUCUUUCUCUUGCCCGAGCUGGAGUCAGUUUCGAUUGUCGAUUGCGAUCUCACGGGAACGCUUCCCAGUGAAAUCUUGCAAGCUCCCUCCUUGUCGUCGCUGCAUCUACUCGGCAAUGCUCUGAACGGGACCAUGGAUAAUGCAGCGAAUUCUGGUAUCGAAGAGCUUGACCUUGGACACAACGAGUUUACUGGCGUGAUACCAGAAUCUUUCGGCGACUUGACAUCUGCUUUUUAUCUUUCGUUGGAAUACAACAAUCUUUCGGGUCCGUUGCCUGAAAAGUUAUCGAAUAUGCUACAGUUGUAUUAUCUUUCCGUCCACAACAAUGUUGGAUUGACUGGAACAGUUCCAAGCACUUACAACAAGCUCUCGCUGACGAAUUUGUUCCUGGAUGGGACUAACGUGACGGAAGUGGAAAGUGUAUUUUGUGGCACUGGGCUGUUGGACUACGAAGAGUUCUUUGCUGAUUGCAGAGGGACGAGUCCCAAAGUUUUAUGUCGGUGUUGCACCCAUUGCUGUGAUGAGAAUGGUUGUAUCUGGAAUUGA